AUGGGCUUGGAAAACAUCAAGCACGUCGUGCUCGUCCUCUCCGGUAAAGGCGGCGUUGGAAAAUCCAGCGUCACACUCCAACUUGCCCUGUCACUCACAUUACAAGGCCACAACGUCGGGAUUCUCGAUAUAGAUCUCACCGGCCCUAGUAUACCCCGUCUACUGAACCUCGAAGACAAGAAGGUGACCCAGGCCCCCGGCGGAUGGCUGCCCGUCAAGGUGCACGAUGCCAGCUACGAGCAGACGCCAGAAACCGGCGAUUCACAACCCUCGUCCCCGUCGAAGCGUGGAUCCCUCCAUGCCCUGUCUCUUGCCUUCCUCCUACCCUCUCGCUCCUCGGCCGUGAUUUGGCGUGGGCCCAAAAAAACCGCGAUGAUCAGACAAUUUGUGUCGGACGCACUGUGGCCGCCAAACACCGACUAUCUCCUCAUCGACACUCCGCCCGGCACAAGUGACGAACAUAUAGCCAUAGUAGAAGAGCUGCAUAAACUUGCUGCGGAGUCGCAGCCUGUUCAAUACUCGAACGGGAACGGAUCAUCUCUACACGCCGGCAACCAGCCUAGGCUCGCAGGCGCGGUGGUCGUGACCACGCCGCAAGCAAUAUCGACAGCGGAUGUGAGGAAGGAGCUCAACUUCUGUGUCAAGACCCAGGUCCCUGUACUGGGGGUGAUUGAAAACAUGGCUGGCUACAUGUGUCCCUGUUGCGGAGAGAUCAGCAACGUCUUCAGCAAGGGCGGUGGAGAAAUCAUGGCUAGAGAGUCUCAUGUGCCGUUUCUUGGUUCGGUGCCAAUCGAUACUGGGUUCGGUGCCUUGGUAGAAGGCAGCAAUCCAGACCAGAGCGCCACCCAGGGUGCGGACUCGGACGGUCCUGUUCGAGAACUGCCCACGGAGCUCGUUGAGCGAUAUCGACAGUGCGGUCUUUGUCCGAUAUUCGCUCGAUUUGCUACAGAUGUCGACCGGGCGGUGCGGGGUGUGGAUACUCAGAUGCCUGCGCCUGGCUCGAUUCCGUGA